UCCAGACGCGAACCUACAUGGCGGCGCCCAUGCCGGAUGGUUGGUGAAGAGGCGGUCGGAGCCGUGAGAGGAACCAUGAGGGCCCGGAGCCUGAGGGAGGUUUCCCUGGCUUUAAGGCAAGGUCGAAUUAGUCCAACUGAGCUAUGCCAGAGAUGUCUGUCUUUAAUCAGGAAAACAAAAAUUUUGAAUGCCUAUAUCACUGUCACUGAGGAGCAAGCCCUGAAACAGGCUGCAGAUGCAGAGAAAAGACUGCAAAGAGGAAAUCCUUUAGGUCCAUUAGAUGGGGUUCCAGUUGCUGUUAAAGAUAACUUCAGCACUGCUGGUAUUGAGACUACAUGUGCAUCAAAUAUGUUAAAAGGUUAUGUUCCGCCUUUUAAUGCCACGGUAGUGCAGCGGUUACUGGACCAAGGUGCUGUUUUGAUGGGAAAGACCAAUCUUGAUGAAUUUGCUAUGGGGAGUGGGAGUAUUGAUAGCAUCUAUGGACCAGUAAGGAAUCCUUGGGGAUAUUCUGAACAAUAUAGAGAACGGCUUGUUGAGGAUCACGAUGCGGAAGACUCCAAUUGGGUAAUAGCGGGUGGUAGCUCUGGAGGUAGUGCAGUAGCUGUUGCUUCACUGACAUGUUUUGCGUCUUUAGGUUCAGAUACAGGAGGUUCCACACGUAAUCCUGCAGCCCAUUGUGGUAUUGUAGGCUUUAAGAGUUCUUACGGAUUGCUGUCUCGCCAUGGCCUCAUACCAUUGGUCAAUUCUAUGGAUGUUCCUGGCAUUAUGACCAGAUGUGUAGAUGAUAUAAGCACAGUACUUGGUGUGCUUGCUGGGCAUGAUCCCAAAGACUCCACCACUGUACAAGAUCCAUUCAAACCCUUUGAAUUACCUGAUGAGAUUGAUGUAAGAAAUCUAUGUGUGGGAAUUCCAAAGGAAUAUCAUGCACCUGGACUGUCCAGUGAAACAUUGGAAGUGUGGACAAAGGCUGCUGACCUAUUUGAAAAUGCAGGUGCCAGAGUUGUUGAAGUCUCCAUUCCUCACACCCAAUACUCAAAUGUGUGCUAUCAUGUCCUAUGCACUACAGAAGUAGCGUCAAAUAUGGCACGCUUCGAUGGACUAGAAUACGGGCACCGCAGUAAAGUAGAAAGUUCAACAGAGGCCUUGUAUGCAGCAACCAGACAUGAAGGCUUCAAUGACGUGGUACGAGGAAGAAUCCUGGCAGGAAAUUACUUUCUUUUAAAACAGAAUUACGAUGACUACUUUGUUAAAGCCCAGAAAGUGAGACGUCUUAUCGUAAAUGACUUUCUGAAGGUUUUUGGAUUGGGUGUUGAUGUCCUCCUUACACCCACAACUCUAAGUGAUGCCUCCACAUAUCUUGAGUUUAUCAAAGAAGAUAACAGGACAAGAAGCGCGCAAGAGGAUGUUUUUACGCAGUCUGCGAACCUAGCAGGUUUGCCAGCUAUAGCUGUCCCUGCCACACUAUCAGGAAGAGGAUUGCCACUUAGCCUUCAGUUCAUUGGACGGGCCUUUUGUGAUAAGCAACUGCUGACUGUUGCCAAAUGGUUUGAACAACAAAUGAAAUUUCCGCUUCUCAAUAUCCAGGCACUGUUGAAUAAUUGCAGUGAAUUUCUUAAAUCUCAGAGUUCACUUGGUGUCUUCUGAUUUUUUUCAAAACCACAAUGUUUUCAAACCAUAAAUGUUUAGGAAGGACUUUUAAUUGUGAAGUUAAAACUGGAACUCAUUAUGCAUUUUAAUGGUGUAACAAAGCAUUCAGGAAUCGAUAAUUUAAAUUUUUUUGUAUGUUUUCCAUUUUGCUUAUGACAGCUAUCGUUACUGGUAAAAUUUCUGUAAUAAGUUUACUGCUACUGAUAUUUAAACCGCCCAGAAACUCAGAUAGAAGCUGGCUGAAUAUAUCUGUAAAAUGGGACCAAUAUUGGCACUUUUCACACAUUAAACUAAUGACCUUGUGAAAGUCUCCCAGUUCACCAAGCAGAAUCCCAGAUUGGUUGUACCAGCUCUCAUGAAAAUCCUGAUUGUUGUUUGGUGAGGAACAGUGUAGAUGUUCCAGGAUUCUUCCAGGAGAUGGGAUACCAUAAGGAGGCCAUGAGUGGAUAAGGACCUCUCCACCUAGAGAACGAAAGAGGGAGGACGGUCCCCACCUGUUCCUUCAAAACCCAUGAGUGCUGGUUUCAGCGAAGUAACUAACAAAUGGGAGAUGUGCCCAUCCCCCACCCCCAACCAGUAUAGAACAUAGAACAGAACAGUACAGCACAGGAACAGGCCCUUUGGCCCAUGAUGUCUGUGCCAAACAUGAUGGUGAAUUAAACUAAUUUUCUUCUGCCUGUACGUGAUCCAUAUCCCUCUAUGUAUAUUCAUGUGUCUAUCAAACAGCUUCUUUAAUGCCACUACCGCAUCUGCUUCCAGAAAUACCCCUGGCAGCCCAUUCCAGGCACCUACCAUUCUCUGUUUUUAGAAAAAACAUGCUCCACACAUCCCCUCUAAACUUUUCCCCUCUCACCUUAAAUGCAUGUCCUUUCAUAUGACAUUUUUACCCUGGAAAAAAGAUUCUGACUGUCUGCUUAUCUAUGCCUCUCAUAAUUUUAUAAACUUCGAUCAGGUCUCCCCUCAGCCUCCAACACUCCAGAGAAAACAACCCAAGUUUGUCCAACCUCUCCUUAUAGCUCAUGCCCUCUAAUCCUGGUAAGCCUCUUCUGCACCCUUUCCAAAGCCUCUACAUUCUUCCUGUAUUGGGGCAAUCAGAACUGCACACAAUACUCCCAAGUGCGGCCUAACCAAAGUUUUACAUAGCUGCAACAUAUCUUCCUGAUCAAGAUUGAUAACUGGAACCCAUGGAACAAUGAAGUAGUUCAUUCUAAAAGAAAAUAAUACAUCAUCAACUUUCAGUAUUAUUAAUGUCUACCUGAUGAGCAGCAGUAUUCCAAGUUUAACUGAUAUGAAAUAAUGAAAACAAGCUGCUAAAGGUCAAUGGUAUAUUGCCUGCAAAAUAUUGUGGACGUUAGAGAUUUGAAAUAAAAACAGAAAAUGUUGACAGAUCUGGCAACACCCAUAAGGAAAGAAACAGUAGUGCAUUGUUACAUUGUGACUCCUUUAAAUUAAGCUAAUGGAUGCAAAUGUAGAAAGGGUCACUUCCAAUCUUGCCAUCAGCUUUAGGAGUGUUUCUAAAACCUCAUGCCUUUUAGUCAUUUUAAUUGCAUUUACGUUUCAAUUACAUUGCAAGUCUAAUUACUCUAAUUCAGAACCCAUGGGAAAGGAUUAGGUAUAUUGGUUUAAAAGGUUCUGCACUACUGUCCUUCUGUUUUAUCAGCUUUGUUUUCUAUUCCCUCAUCAGGAGGCUCUGUCAAAGCAGUACUCUAGGCCACAUCACAACUGCUGAGCAGUUCUGGGGUUUAUUUUGCUGCAACUAUCAAAAUGUGUAUAUUUGGUGACAUCUAGUUUCAUUUAUUGCCUGCACAGAAUGUUAUUUGUUUUUCUUCUAUUCAUUUUUUGGGAUUUGGCUGGCAAGACUGGCAUUUAGUGCCCAUUCCCAAUGUGCCCAUUCUGACUGUCCACCCCAUCAAGAAUUGUGACCUCUGAGCUUGCCAUGCCAGUCAAUAACGAGUUUAGGGGUACUGGUGGAAAGCAUUUUAAUUCUCGAAGCACAUUUCAUGAUAUUAUGAUUAAAAUUUUGACACAAAAAAGAAAGGAUCACUGCUCUCCUCUAGUGUGUGCUAAUGCAUGCUAUUAUUAUCUUGUAGAAAUGUAACUCAAAACUAGGCAAUACAGUUAUAUAUUUACAAAGACAUAUAAUAAUACCUCGGCAUGAUUGGCAAUAAAGCAAAAUCUAAUA